GGUGGUGACGCGGCGCCCGGAGCGGCGGCAUGGCGGGGUUCCGCGCGCUGGGGCUGGCGCCGUGGCUGGCGGAGCAGGCGCGGCACGUGGGGCUGGCGCGGCCCACGCCCGUGCAGGCCGCCUGCAUCCCGGCCGCGCUGCAGGGCCGCGACUGCCUGGGCUGCGCCAAGACCGGCAGCGGGAAGACGGCGGCGUUCGUGCUGCCCGUGCUGCAGGCGCUCUCCGAGGACCCCUACGGCAUCUUCUGCUUGGUGCUGACACCCACCAGGGAGCUGGCGUACCAGAUCGCCGAGCAGUUCCGCGUCCUGGGGAAGCCCCUCGGCCUGAAGGACUGCGUGGUGGUGGGCGGCCUGGACAUGGUGGCACAAGCACUGGAGCUGUCCCGUAAGCCCCACGUUGUCAUCGCUACGCCCGGCAGGCUGGCAGAUCACCUCCGCAGCUCCAACACCUUCAGCCUUAAAAAGCUCAAGUUCUUGAUUUUGGAUGAAGCUGACCGGCUGUUGGAGCAGGGCUGUGCUGACUUCACUGCAGACCUGGAGGUGAUUCUGGAGGCUGUUCCAGCACGCAGACAGACGCUGCUGUUCAGCGCCACGCUGACCGACACGCUGAAGGAGCUGAAGAGCCUGGCUGCCAACAGGCCCUUCUUCUGGGAGGCUGCAUCCGAGGUGCGGACAGUGGAGGAGCUGGACCAGAGGUACUUGCUCGUACCCGAGGCGGUGAAGGACGCGUAUCUUGUCCACUUAGUCCAGACCUUCCAGGACGAGCACGAGGACUGGUCUAUCAUUAUCUUUACUAAAACCUGCAAGGACUGCCAGGUCCUGAACAUGAUGCUCAGGAAAUACAACUUCCCUUCUGUAGCUCUGCAUUCCAUGAUGAAACAGCGGCAGCGAUUUGCAGCUUUAGCAAAGUUCAAGUCCAGCAUCUUCAAGAUUCUCAUUGCCACUGACGUUGCUGCCAGAGGUUUGGACAUUCCUGCAGUCCAGGUUGUCAUCAACCACAACACUCCCGGCCUGCCCAAGAUCUACAUUCACCGUGUUGGCCGGACAGCCCGUGCGGGUCGGAAAGGAAUGGCCAUCACGCUGGUGACACAGUACGACAUCCAUCUUGUGCAUGCUAUUGAGGAAGAAAUCAAGCUGAAGCUGCAGGAGUUCUCUGUGGAGGAGAAGUUUGUGCUCGACAUCCUCACCCAAGUGAACGUCACCAGGAGGGAGUGUGAAAUAGAAUUGGAGGGAAUGGACUUUGAUGAGAAGAAAGAAAUAAAUAAGCGGAAGCAAAUGAUCCUUGAGGGGAAGGAUCCAGAUCUGGAGGCCAAAAGGAAGGCAGAGCUAGCCAAGAUCAAGAAGAAGAACAGGCAGUGCCGUGAGAAGGUGCAGCAGGUCCUGCAGAAGAGGAAGCAGCUGCAGCUGAAGAGGAAACUGCAGAAGAAGAUGGAGCGGCGGAACAGGCGCUUGAAGGAAGAGGAAGAACAGCCCUCAGCCUGACUCGCUUGGCUCAGACUGCCCUGGUGUUGCUGCUGCUUUGGGAAUACUGGGAUCUAAUGUGUUUUAAUGUGGACACUUCUGACCUGAUGUUGUUGGGAAGGUGGGAGAGGGGAGAUGCCUCGAUAAACCAGCUUGUUGGGUUCCCUUCCUGCACAACGCUGCUGGCUUGGGCCUCCCCGGCAGGCCGGGUCUGUCUGCUGCAAGAGUGUCUGUCAAGAGCAAGUUUCCUUCCUCCACCAGAGAUGAGGCCAGACCUGAGCUCCUGGUGACGUGAAGGGAAAUAAAGCUCCUCUGUCUCUUCCCCCUCCAUUCAGUCCCUGCUCUUUCCCUUUCAAGGGCUGGUGCUUGCCACUCACACUGUUUAUAUCAACAGAUUCUCCCCUGAGCCAGAGUCUAAAAAUACUGUGACAAAAUGAGCUCAGCCCCUGCCUGUGCCACAGCCCAGAGUUUUCCAAGAGGAAAAUUCCUGGAACACAUGGAGAGGUUGUACUGUGGGGCUGGUCCCGGGGUCUUCUUGGGGUAAUUCUGCUUUAUGCAUUGAAGUGACCAGGUUGCUCCAAGCCCCUGUGUCCAACCUGGCCUUGAACACUGCCAGGGAUGGGGCAGCCACAGCUUCUCUGGGAAAAGUCUGUGCCAGCGCCUCAGCACCCUCACAGGGAAGAGCUUCUGCCUCAGAGCUCAUCUCAAUCUCCCCUCUGGCAGGUUAAAGCCAUUCCCCUUGUUCUGUCCCUGCAGGCCCUUGUCCAAAGCCCCUCUCCAGGUUUCUUGUAGCCCCUUUAGGCACUGGAGCUGCUCUAAGGUCUCCCUUUCAGGACCCUUCUCUUCUCCAGGCUGCCCCAGCCCAGCUCUCAGCCUGUCUGCAGCCCGCAGAGCAUCGUUGUGGCCCUUUUUCUGGUCUGCUCCGUAGGUUUCCCUGUGUAAUUUGCAUCACAUGUUUGGAACAGGAGCCUGGUUGGGCUGGAGGGGGCAGAGCUCUCCUAAGAAACGGUUGUGAUUCCCUAAGGAGGCAGAACUUGCAGUCUCAGAGUAGCUCAGACCAACCCUGUUCUGAUGUCAGGUUUGAGCCUUGGUGCCUUCUUUAACAUUUAGAGCUUCCUAUGACUUGAGACUGAAGAUCUGCUAUUUCUGUCUCUGGCUUACAAAAAUAGUUUCUAUGCUCAGUGCCCAAAUAAAUACUUAUUGCAACAA